UGGCUCUGCUAUCGACCUACACAAAGUCAGGCUUCAGACUGACAUCUUUUAUUGCACUCGUAUUAUUUGCUUUUGCAACUGGAAUGAUAAUAACAUGGAAGAAACAUAAUUUUACUCAUCCAUACACCAAAAAACUCACAUUUUCAGUAUCCUUUGGCAAUCCUGUGGUUCAUUGGAUCGGUGAAACUGUUCAUUAUCGAUUAGAUCAUACAGAAGAAAGUGACGUGCAAUGGAGAAAGCUUCUUCCAAAUGGUGGCCAUUUGAUUCACAUCCAAGAAAGCAAAGAUGCGGAGCUUCAGACAUUUACAGUUACACUCUUCCAUCAGCUUGAUUGCCUUGAUAUUCUCCGUAGAGAGUAUCUACAGUUGUAUCAGGGAGCCUAUACUGGAAAUUCUGAACAAAGGUUCACUGAUGACUACCUGGCAAGAAAAGAUACCGGAGGACUGGUACAGCACUGUUUUCAUUAUUUGAGGCAGUCUAUCCUAUGCAAUAUAGACUCUGGCUUAGAGUCAACAGAAGAUGCAGAUGGGCUUGUGACUAGGGGAUAUGAUACUAUUUGCAGGGAUUGGACAAAGUUAUAUGAGGAGGCAGAGAGAAAUUUCGAGGAUUACCGUGAUUCCAUGCCUGAACCACAUACUGUGUAAUGAG